AUGGAUCCAAACCAACUCAACUCUUUCUUCAAUUACUUACAAAACUUUCCUCAAAUUCCAAAUACCCAACAAUCUCAAACCUCAAACACUCAAGUUCCAAAUCAAAACAUCACACUACCAAAUACAUUUCAAAAUCCAAAUCCACAAAAUCUUUCUAAUUUCAAUUUUCAAGCUCCUUAUAAUAAUCAGUUUCCUAUAUUCCAACCGCAAAAUCAAAAUUCACAAACACCUCAUUUUCCAUUUUCAUCCAUAUUUAACCCUUCUAUCGGAAAUGUUACUCCAACUUCCUUGUCGUUUCCAACUCAAUUCAGUGCAUCAAGACAUAACUCAUCUGGUGUUGGUGGCUCUUCUAACCCAUCCUCUCAGACUCCUAUACAAUCUAGUCCAAAUUUGCAAUAUUCCGAUUUUGCCAACCCUCGUGGAUUAGAUGCUAUCGACCUCAAUGAUGAUGAUAUUGAAGCUCAGAGGCAAGAUAGUAUUCAACACUGGCAUUGGGAAGAGGAUGAGAUGUUGAUCAGUGCGUGGUUAAAUGUUUCAACUGACCCUGUAAUCAACAAGGCUGUUGCACAAUUUGCUGGUUGCUACGAUCAAGCUAGUCGAAACAUAAGGAGUGGUUCGAACGCUGAUGAUAUAAAGGAGUUGGCUUAUAAACUUUAUUCUACAAAUUAUGGUCAAAAGUUCACUUUUGAGAGGCAUUGGAACAUGCUUCGGUUGGAGCAAAAAUGGAGAAGCCAACUACCUACACAGAGUGGCGGCUCAAAGAGAGCCAAGGUUAGUGCAACUGGAGCAUACUCAUCCUCAUCAAACCCAGAAACACCGUUGGCUGACGAACCCGGUGUGGACUCUCCCGUUCGCCCACAAGGAUCAAAGAAGAGCAAGCGAAGAGGUAAGGGAAAAGCACAGAUGUCUGAAGAUUUUAGCGAAAGAAAAUCAUCGGUUGUCAAAAAAUUAUCUCGCAUGGAAGAUAUUAAGAAUGUUAGAGAAAAGGAACUAAUGGAAAGGGAAAAAGAAAGAGAAGAGGAGAAGGAACAUAGAGCAAAGAUGAUGGCAAUCAAAGAGAAGGAGUUACAAAUUCAAGCGGCAAUGAAAGAACAAGAAUUACAAACUCAGAGGUAUAUUAAAGAAAUGGAGAUAAAAGCAAAAGAAAAGGAAAUGGAUAUGCAAAUACUUAAUGCUGACACGUCUACAAUGAGUGAGAAACGACGAGCUCUUCAUGAGAUUGCAUGUGAGAAAAUAAUGGCCAAGUGGUUUACUUAA